AUGCGACGACCGGACGUGGUCGCGGCCCCUCUGACUCGAUCAUCGGCCGCACCCGCUCAGCCGUCGCCCGCGAUCGGCCACAGCAUCGGCAGCCGCAGUCGCCUGCGGCCGUCCGCCAGCGGCCUCUCCUCGCCGCCUCCAGGCUCUGGCGGCUGGACGCUCCCCCCGCUGAACCACUUUAUGACUCUCCCCCGCACGUUUUUGGCCUCGCACGUGUUUGGCGCGUCGCUGGAGAGCCUGGCGCCGACCCCCAGCCGCAACACGAGUGCACGCGCCAAUCGGAAUCGACGAACGGGGUCGAACCCGCUGCCGAGCAGCUCCACGGACCUGCCGGUCCCCGACGACGACGACAACGACGACGACGAGGAGUGUGAGACACGCGAGCACUUUGUCCUGCCGCACCUGAUGCCGUUCCGCGACGGUCUGGACGUGACGGGGGACCGGACGCGGCCGCUGGAAGAGAUUGACCUCACGGUCUCGUCGUCGGAAGACGAGGGAGGAGAGCCGAAUGCAGGCGAGACGGACGACGUGAUUGAGAUCCACAGCCCCUUGUCGUCCAUGACGAUGGGCGCGUCUCAGCCACGUCGGAAGCGACGUCGACCAGGCGCAACGACUUGCCAAGGGGCUGUCAGCAAAGGACGUAAGCGUCCAUGCCUGACGACGAUGAUGCGGAGCGCCGAGUGCACCAACAUUGGCAUGCAGAACAACGAAGCAGUGGAGAAGUUCAAGCAUCUGCUCAAGUGCGCCAUCUGUCUCGACGUGCUGGAAGAUAUCACGUCCACGGUCUGUGGCCACAUCUUUUGCGCGGGCUGCAUUUGCCAAGCGAUCCGCGCGAACGGCAAGUGCCCCUUGUGCCAGCGUCGUCUGCAUCUCAAGGACACGCACCCACUGUUUUUUUAA